CGAAGUUUCUUUUUCGUGAUCUUUUUCUUUCAUAUCGCAUCCAAUUCAGUCACCACUUUCCAAACAGGCAAGUCGAAGACGACUGGGAGGCUUCAGUUGCGCUCCAUGGCGGCCAAGGCACACACGCCCAUCGGAGAAAAUCGAAAACUCACGAAGAGGACUUUUGGAGGCAAGUUUGAUGGCCCCCCAAUUUCGAAAGACUCUGGUCCUCCAUCUCCCAAAGGCCCUGGUCCCCCGGGGCCGGGCUCAGGUGGUGGAGACCUCAGCCUCUCAGGCGCUGGCCUCGGAGGCAAAAACGAUACUGGCCUUGGAUCCAAUAAGACCCCUGCCCUCGGACUCGGAGGCGAUAAGGACGCUAACCUCCCAGGUGGUAAAGAUAAGGGCCUCGUACCAGAUGACAAAGACAAAGGCCUCCCAGGACCAUUGUCUACCCCGCCUUUCAGUCCAGAUUCUGGCUCCCCAUCUAAGCCUGGCCCCUCAGCCAAGUCUGCCCUCCCACCCAAGUCUGGAUCUGGAUUCGGUUCUGAAAGUUCAACUUCAAGCUUGAGUGAAAAAAUCGAAUCAAAGACAAUCCGUGUUGAGGGUGGAAAAGGCAAAGACUGUGAUAAAAAGAAGCAGCAUAGGCCCUCAGAGAAGAGCAAAGACGACUCGGAAAUAAACGUUUCUGGACCAACUGUGAUCAAAAUAGAAGUGAGCAACAACGGUUGUAGCACUUGCUGUAAGACCUGUUCACAAGAAGACAAAAAGGCCGAUGCAACUGAUGCACCACCGAAGAAAAAAACUCCCGAGAAACCGCCCCCAGAUAUUUCAUCCGGGAAAGGUGGAGACACACCGCCUCCAGAGAUUACAUCUGGGAAAGGAGGAGACAAACCUCCGAGUCCGAGCCCCAGUCCCCCGCCAGACAAGUCAAAGACGCCUUCCCCACCACCUUCAACACCGCCCCCAUCGAUCACAAGUCCUUCGUCCGACCAGCCCAACCCCACAAUCAAAACACCCCCUCCUUCCCCUUCACCCAAGCCAUCGCCUCCCCCCUCACCGCCGCCAUCACCUGCGCCCAAACCAGCGCCUAGUCCUCCGCCCCCAGGGGAUAAACCCGGAAGUGGACACAGACAUAUCGUAAGUUAG